GAGGUGGUCGCCUUCCUGCUGGUCUGGGGCGAGGCCGGGAACCUGCGCUUCAUGCCGGAGGUGCUCUACUUCAGCACGGACCUCGUGCUCUCGUCGGAGCCCGGCGACCUGAGGGAGCUCUACCAGCUGCCCGAGGAGCGCCCGUCCGGGGACAGCGGCCUCUUCCUCGCGAAGGUCGUGCGACCGAUGUACAACGCGAUUUUCGACGAGUGGUACGACAAGGUGGACGUCAACUCCAGCAGCUCGAAGGACGUGAAGAAGCUGCGCGAGGGCUUCGACGCCUACCUGCCAGGGAACGCCGCCAACUACGACGACUGGAACGAACUCUUCAGCGACCCGGCGAGGCUCGCGGAGGGGCUGCUGAUGCAGGACGGCAACCGGCUCUUCGAGCACGCGCAUGGCCAGCGCUUCCGCCGCCUCGCCGCGGUCGACUGGGAGACAUCCCUCCAGGCGCGGGCGGCGAAGACUCACAACGAGCUCCACUCGCUCUGGGGCGUCUUCGCCGCGACGCACCCAUCUGCCUGCUGCACAUGGUCAUGUUCGCCGUGAGCCUCUGCGCCGCCUGCGGGGACCCGCCCGAGCUGGCGCGGGGCGAGUGGCCGCUGGGCGGCGGCGGGGCGCUGGUGCGCUUCGCCGCGGUGGGCCUGCUCGUUCCCUUCCACGCGCUCGCGUGGUCGUUCGCGCGGUGGCAGGUCACGGGCGCCGCGCUGCGCGGCAGGUGGGGGCGCUGCGGGCCGUGCCUGGAGUUCCUGGGCGCGGUGCGGGGGGCCGCCGCCGGCCUCUGCCGGCCGCUGUGCGGCUGCCCCGGCUCCGGAAGGCGGUGCUGCGGGGAGCUCGUGCGAAGGCCGCCCCUGAUCCUCCUCCUCGCGCCGCUGGCCACGUACGCCCUCCUGCGGAAGAGCGACGACGAGGAGGACGAGUUCCUGAACUACGUGGCCGGCGUCCACUACCUGCUCUCCGCCUACGGCCUGGCCUGCCUGCUCCUCGUGCCCUCGAGCGCCUACAACAGGUUCCCCUUCGAGAGCCCGACCGCCGUGCCGCUGGCCAGCCGCGCCGUGCGCUACGGCUUCUGGGGCGUCGUCCUCGCAGUGAAGUUCGUGCUCGGGCUGAUCAUCGUCCAGGCGAUCAGCAAUGCCAUGCGUGACCUGCAGCUCAGCCGCCCAGGCCACCAGUCGGUGGAGGAGAUCGAGCAGGCGUACUUCAGCGCGGUGUGGGGCGGCGACGUGCUGAUCUGGAUCGUGCUGUGGGGAGCGACCUUUGCGCUCUACCUCGCGGACACCCAGCUCUGGUUCACGGUCUUCUGCACAUUCCUGGGCGUCGCCACCACUUUUGUCCAGAGACACCUGGCAAGGAACGGCGACGGCUGCCCAUGCAGCGCCUUCAUGUUCGAGGACGCCGUGGCCAAGAUCCCCCAGCGUUUCUCGCAGAAGGUGCUGUGCUACACCUCGAUGGGCAGGGAGGCCGCCUCCGCCCCGUUCUCGGCAAAGUUCCCGGCCGUCUGGGACCGCAUCGUGGAGUUCAUGCGCUAUGAGGACAAGGUCAGCAGUGCCCAGCUGGGCGAUCUGUCCUUCGAGGUGGGCGCCACGGGGCACCACGUCUACUGGGAGGACCUCGCGGCGCCCGUCGGGCAGUCCAGGCAGGGGGCCGCAGGCGCAGGGUCGCAGGCCACCAGCAGCCGAGCGAGUGCCGCGGGCGACCUCGAGACGGGGGACGCGGGAGCGAAGAGGCGCGUCAAGGUGCCGAACAUCUUCGUCCAGAGCCCCCUCGCCGAGCGGUGCCUGCAGACCUACGCGGGGGUGCCCGACCAGCACUGGCCCCAGAACGCCGACGUGCAGUGGCGCGUGCUGGCCCUCUCGCGGGGGCUCGGCCUCCCCAUGCCCCGGCCCUACCGGGCGCCCUACAUGCCUGGCAUCACGGUGCUCAUUCCGCACUACGGGGAGACCAUCCUGAUGCAGAAGAAGGACCUCUUCAAGAACGCCAAGAGCGACAACGUGCCGCUCGUCGACUGGCUGACGCACAAAUACCAGGACGAGUUCGAGUUCUUCACGACGCGGAUGCAGGCCAGGCGGGCGCCGCCCAGCGAGGCGUGGCACGUGGUCGGCUCCGAGUGGGAGAACUACACCGACUACCAGUGGGGCAAGGUCAGCAACUGGGCGGCUAUGCGGCAGCAGACCCUCUUCAGGACCGUCGCGGGCAUGUGCUACUACCACCCAGCGAUCCAGGCCCACUUCGAGGUCCAGGGGGACAGGAGCAGCUCCCUCGCGAGCGUGUGGGACCCCAGCGACGUCUUCAACUGCAUGGUGUCCAUGCAGAUGUACAAGUUCUUCGACAAGACGAUGCUGGAACACACCAACUACAUGUUCGAGAAGUUCCCCAAGUCCCUCAAGGUUGCCUUCAUCGACUGCGAGGCCAAGGGUCCCGCCGGGAGCUUGGACGGGGUGCACGAAAGGCAGAAGAGGCGCUACUACAGCUGUCUGAUCGACAAGACCUGCCCCAUGGAGGGCGACAAGAGGAGGCCCAAGUUCAAGAUCGAACUGCCAGGAUACCCAAUCCUCGGAGACGGCAAGGGCGACAACCAGAAUCACGCCAUUCCGUUCAUGCGCGGCCACUACUCGCAGGGAAUCGAUGCCAACCAGGGCGCCUACUUCGAGCAGAUGAUGCUGCUGCCAUGCGCACUGGGGGAGUUCCGCUCUCGCCAUCGUGGUGACGGUAGCAGCAAGAAGAUCCUCGGGUUCCCGGAGCACAUCACUAGCGACAUAGGCUCGGUGGGUGACUUCGCAGCCUCGGCCGAGGUGGCCUUCGGUACCAUCUUGCAGCGCACUUACGCGGUGCUGGGGGCCCGAAUGCACUACGGUCACCCCGACAUCAUGAACAAGCUUUACAUGAUGCAGCAGGGUGGCGUAUCCAAAGCGACGAAGACGCUGAACCUCUCGGAGGACAUAUUCGCAGGCAUGGACUUCACACUGCGCGGGGACGGCCGCAAGAUCAAACACUGCGAGUACCUCAACCUUGCCAAGGGGAGAGACUUGGGCUUCAACACCGUGCUCGGCUUCUUCUCAAAGCUCUCCUCGGGCACGGGCGAGCAGAUCCUGACGCGCCAGAUGUUCCGGCUCGGGCAGGUGCUGCACUUACCAGAGGCUCUCACCUUCUUCUACGCGCACGCGGGCUACUACCUCAACCAGUUCAUCGUCUCCUGGUCUAUGCCACUGCUGGUCUGGAUGUGGCUGCUGGUGCUCCUGUCCGACUGCGAGGGCAAGCUGGACGCCUUCAUGAUGUGCGAGGCCGGCCAGAGAUCUGCCGCAGCUGUGAUGGCGUCCGCACUGGCGACGUGCUACUCGUGGCUCCUGAUCCUGUUCCUGUUCGCGACCUCUUUCCCGCUCUUCGCCGAGCUGUGGAUGCAGCGCAACCUCAAGCACGCCAUGUGGAAGAUGGUGCAGAGCUACCUCACGCUGUCGCCCUUCCUCUUCAUCUUCCAGUCGAAGUGCAUCGGCCACUACAUCGUGAACGAGUUCCGGUGCUCCGGGCACAACGAAGAACAACAACCAGUGUUCUGGAGGGCCCUUCGGGGAACCCACCGACCUCGACAGGACCGCGUUGGCUAUGGUUGUGGUCGGUUUGGCCGUCCUUGGACGCCCGCAUCGGCCGCAACCAGUGCUAAGCUGGUUCGGUGCUAUGAAGACUGUUCCGGGGAAGCGUGA